AUGUCUAGUGUGAAAUCCCGACUCUCAGGCCUCCUGGGUCACUUCAAUGGAGCCCCUUCUCCCACCUUUGAGCACCGAAUCAAUAACCAUACGUUGUCGCCGACCUUCUUUCUCCCCCGUGCCGCGGCAAUUGAGCCCAAUGCCGAGGCCAUUUACCAUGUAACCGCCAACAACAAGAUCCUGCGUCGGACUUAUGGUGAAGCUGCAGACAGAGCCAGAGGCCUGGCAUACUAUCUCAAGAAGCAUGGAUACAGCCGAGUCGGUAUUCUUUGCCCUAACACCCCGGCAUUCCUCGAGUCAAUCUUUGGAAUUGCCGCAGCGGGUGCUGUCAACGUUGCCGUCAAUUACCGCCUCAAGCAGGAAGACAUUGCCUACAUUUUUGAUCACGGCGAUGCACAGGUCCUCAUUGUUGAUGAGGAAUUCCUCCCGCUCUUGGAGAACUAUCGGUCCCAAUACCCCCAUAUCCCUAUCAUUGUAGAUACUGAUACCGAUGCAACCGAGGGUGAACUGACCGGUCCCUUUGAUGACGCUAUCCUGGAGGGCCUGAGACACGACUUGGACACUGGCUCUCAUGGCUGGGAAGGCCUGGAGACGCAGGCAGCCGACGAGGAGUCAACACUUGCGCUGGCUUACACCAGUGGCACAACAGCUCGACCCAAGGGUGUCGAAUUCAGCCAUCGCGGUUCUUAUCUCGCGACACUGGGAAACAUCAUUGAAUCUGGCCUCAAUUACCACAAUGGACGUGCUCGCUAUCUUUGGACACUGCCAAUGUUCCAUGCCAUGGGAUGGACAUUCCCAUGGGCAGUGACAGCAGUUCGUGGCACACAUUAUUGCUUGCGCAAGAUAGACUAUCCUGAGAUUUGGAGGCUAUUGAAAGAAGAGCGCGUCACCCACUUCAACGCCGCACCUACUGUCAAUACACUACUAUGCAACGCCAAGGAGGCAGAGAAGCUGCCUGAGCCUGUGCGUGUCACAGUGGCAGCGAGCCCUCCUACUCCUCAUCUUUUUGAACAAAUGACCGACUUAAAUUUGCAUCCUGUACAUGUUUACGGCAUGACCGAGACUUAUGGUCCGAUCACCAAAGGUUACCAACUACCCGAGUGGGACCUCAUUGAACUGAAAGAGAAGUACAAGAAAAUGGCCCGCCAAGGCCAUGGUUUCAUCACAAGUCUCCCUGCGCGGGUCAUCAAGACCGAAGUCCCCGAGGGGACCAUCACCGAUGUUAGCAAGAAUGGACAGGAGAUCGGAGAGAUUGUCUUUAUCGGAAAUAUCUGUGCUCGGGGUUACUACAAAGACCCCGAAGCAACGCGAAAACUUUUCGCUGGAGGUGUUCUACACUCGGGGGAUCUCGCCGUUUGGCACCCGGAUGGCGCGAUUCAAAUUCUUGACCGUGCUAAAGAUAUCAUCAUCAGCGGUGGUGAGAACAUAUCCUCCGUGGCCCUGGAGUCAAUGCUAGUCACACAUCCCGGUAUUUUGGAAGCCGGAGUUGUCUCUGUUCCCGAUUCUCACUGGGGCGAACGGCCCAAAGCCUUCAUUACUGUCAAGCAAGGCAUCAGCCUCGAAGGCUCUGAGGUGAUCACCUGGGCUCGUAAUGUCAGCGGAAUCAGUAAGUUCAUGAUCCCUCGCGAGGUGGAAGUGGUGAGCGAGCUUCCCAAGACCAGUACUGGUAAGAUUCGGAAGAAUAUCCUCCGUGACUGGGUGAAGGGCCGGACGGAAGGUUAG